AAUACCCGGGAUCGAAUCGGGUCGCUUUUUAAUUUAGGCGAUAUCCAAAUGUGACGUCACAAACCACGUGAGAAGACCAACUGACAAUGGCGUCUUCACAUAUUUCUCUGGAGGAUUUAAACCUAUCUGGCGACCACGACACUGGAAAGAAAGAAGUGGAUGUGACAAGAAACGAGCAAAUGGUUAAUAGCGAGGAAGAGUUUGAGAUGGGUAUUGCCACAGAUCAAGACGAUCUUGGAACGAAUAUCGAUGACGUGGAUAUAAGUCUACGAGGUUACCAAGAAGAGUUAGCAAAAGAGGGUUGUGAGGGUAAAAAUGUUAUAGUGUUGGCUCCAACGAACUCGGGCAAGACCAGAGUAGCAUGCAGAAUUAUGCAGGUUCACCUCAGACAGAAAAAAGCAGAAAAAAAGAAAGGUCGUAUUAUAUUUCUUGUUGAAAACGAAGCGCUAGCCAUUCAGCAAGGAAAAGUUUGUGCAGAACUACUUCCUCUUUACAGGACAAAGGUGUUCAGCGGAAACGUCCAAAGGUCAAACAAGGACAUGCUUUGGAACACCCUUGAAAGAAGAGACAUCUUUGUUGUAACGGCACAGAUUUUUUUGAACGAUUUAAAGGCAAAGAAAAUUGAAAGCGUCAGAGAAUUUUCCAUGAUUGUGUUCGACGAAUGUCAUCACGCAAACAAUGAACACAUGUAUAAUGAAAUUAUGAGGCGAUAUCUUGACUUAAAACUGCGGGGAAAAGUUGACUCUCCUGAACUUCCCCAAAUUGUUGGACUUACAGCGUCUUUGGGCGUUGCUGGAAAACCAGAACGGGAUCAGGGAGAAUAUCAUAUGAAGAAAAUAAUGGCAAACAUGGACGCAAAGUUUCUUUGUACAGUGAGGAGGCCAGAUUCAAUAAGAGAAUUGAAAUUAUACGUGAACCCGCCAGUUGAAAAACUAUUGUCCGUACCAGGAAGAGCUGACGACUUGUUCAAAAACGAAGUAGAGAAAAUAGCCAAGCGCAUCUUCGACCAUAUGGCAAAAGAUCCAGCUGUACGGAAUGCUGCUCCAGAAGAUAAGUUUAUACAGAAGACAUGCAUAUUGCCAGCAACAUUUGGAACCGAGAAAUAUCAGCAAUGGAAUGCUGAUUUCGUGAAAGCUAUCGCCAAAGUCCAAUCAGAAGACAUCCGCCGAGUGAUAAAUCCUCAUCGAAUACAUUUAGAGAUGUACAACAAAGCCUUAAUGGUUCAUCGUGAUGCAAGGAUAAGAGAUGCAUUGGACAUUCUUAAAGAGUUUGCAGAACCUCGGAAAGAAACAUUUGCCAACGAACCAGAAAACCCCAAACUGCUCAAACUAGAGGAGAUACUGUUAAGGGUCCUUUGCAAUGACCAGAAUGCCCGAGGAAUCAUAUUUGUGCGAACAAGGGAGUUGGCUCAAGCAUUGGUUAAAUGGGUGAACGAAACAGAUAGUUUGAACGUUCUUAAUGCUUCCGAAUUCGUCGGACAAGGUGUUUCAGCUUCAGUUGGAGGGAUGACAAAGGUUGGCCAGAAAGAUGCGCUUGAGUCCUUCAAAGCUGGACAACACCGACUUCUUUUUGCGACGUCUGUAGCGGAAGAGGGUCUUGAUAUAUCUAAAUGCAACCUUGUGAUUCGUUAUGAACAUGUCACUAAUGAGAUCGUUAGACUUCAGUCGAGAGGGCGAGCGAGAGCGGAAAAUAGCUCGUACUAUGUUAUUGCGGAGGAGGGGUCAUGGAUUCUGGAAAAAGAGGAAAAGAAUCGUCGAUGCGAGGAACUUAUGGAACAGAUUGUUGCACAUAUACAAGUAUAUAUUGAAGAUCAUGCAAAUAUCUGGGAGAGAGAGCUCUUAGAAAUUCAAGAAAAAAUUAAACAAGAGGAAGAAAGACAGUCUCAAAAAAGAGAGCUGAACAUGACAGAUGCAAGUGGCCGCUUUGAAUGCUUCAAUUGCAGUUCCUUUAUUUGCUUGUCUGACGACAUUAGAGUCAUAAAAGGGUCACACCAUGUUAUCAUUGAUGAAGAUGCGAAACGACGCCUUAUUCUCAAUAGAGGGGCUCCAACAUUUACUGAACCAGAAGGGGCACAAUAUGGAGGGACCUUGUAUUGCGCAAAAGAGGAAUGUCGACGAAAACUCGGAUCGAUUUGCACUUACAAAGGCUCUGAGUUUCCACUGGUAGAGAUAAAGAGUUUCAGGAUCGUUGAUCAUUUGGGAGAAGGCCACUCGUUUAAAAAAUGGAAAAAAGUUAAUUACAGAAUUAAGGAGUUUAUAUUUCAAUAGUUGGAUGUUGUUGCCGAAAGACUUGCCAAUGUGCAGGGUAGUGUCAUUUUGUGUUUGUGGAAACGUAUUGUUAUGUGUUUUGUGAAAAAAAAAGAUGUUUACUAAAUUUAGGUAUUUGGCGACACUAAAAAUAAUUGAAUAAUUGAAAAUACUUUAUUCAAAAUAAAAUUAUUAAGUUGUUGAUUCAAAUGCGAUGGUAUGUGCAUAUUGAAUAGUACAGUCGUUUAUCGCUAACACUGAUCCACGUCAUUGUGUUGUUAUUUAAACACUAAUUUGACUGCAUUUUUCUAAUCUCGAACCAUAACAGUUCGUGGGGCGAAAGCCUGAAUGUACCUAAACCUUUUACAUUGUUACAUCUCUUGGUACUUUCUUUCAUUCACCCCACGCACAGACUUGUUUUUAUUUGUCAAGAACAGUUUAUCUGUACCCUGGUACUUGCCUUGUAACGGCUGAAAGACUAAUGGUAAAUGGUAUUUUAUGAUGUUUUUAUUUAUUUAUUGUUUUACAUUGUCCUUAUUUGUUUCUAUAUAAAAUUAUUUAUACAUUGCAAUGAUAUCAGUAUUUCUUUCUCUAUUAAGAACAUUCAUAUAUUGUCUGUGAUUGCUUUUUCUUGUUAUAUCAAUGACUUAGUCAAGUGUAUUUAAAAGGAUAAAUGAGGAAACAUAGAAUACGUAUUCUUGUUAUGGAUGUAGUAAAGCUAACAGUA